ACCGAUGUUUUGGCACUCCCUCGACCAUGCAAAUGGUGGAGGGGGAAGAAAGAAGGACAAAGAGGUGUCCAACGAGAUGAAAGCUGAAAGGAUCCCUCGAUGAUGUUGUUUUGUUGGCGCGCAGGUAUGCGGGACCUCGGCGUCUUCCUCCUCGCGCUCUUCCCCGCCGCCAUGACGCUGGACUUUAGUUACCACAGCAACCGCGAGAUGGAGAGUUACCUCUUCCGGGUCAACGCCUCCAACCCGGACAUCGCGCACCUGUACGGCAUCGGCCACUCCGUCGCAGGUCAACGGCUGUGGGUCUUGGCUUUGGGUCUGAGCCCCCAUCGUCACGCGCUCGGCGUCCCCGAGUUCAAGUACGUGGCCAACAUGCACGGGAACGAGGUGAGGCAACGGGUGCGUUGGGAGGUGCACGCAGGGGUCAAAGGGCGUGUGCUGGAUUGCUUGGGAGCGGCGCUGCACAACGCCGUGGUGGAGGUGAGCGGUCGCCGCGACGUGCGUCCCUUCGCCACGGACAAAGGCGGCGAAUACUACAGGUUGCUGCUGCCGGGCAACUACACCUUAACUGUGACGUGUCCCGGCCACGAGGCGCUGACGGAGACUUUUUUCGUCCCUUACGGUCCGGAGCGAAACUCGGCCCUGACGCACGACUUCCUGUUGCGUCGUGUCACCGUGGCAACGGCCGACCCCGCGCCCUCAUCCGCGCCGUCUCCGUGGACGACGACGGCCCUCGGGAUGGCGCUUGCGUUCCGGGGCCUGAUCGACUGAUCCGCAAGCAAAUAAACAAUGCCGGGAUACGUUUUGACGACUCGGCUGUGCGUUUACCCGGGAAGGAAUCUGGUAGAAGCGCGGGUCGAAGAAGGUGGAGUCCACGUAGACGCUGCGGAUGUCCUUCACCCUGCGCGACCGACGGCCAUCGUGAG